AUGGGUUUUGGAGAAAGAAAGGCACAGGGCCCUUUUGGCCGCCAGCGCGAGAUCGGACGCCAUGUGCACACGAGCAUGCUCAACAAUUGUGGUUGCACGAUAGGACAUGCGAAAAAUUCACAGUUAGCUUGCAUCUUGAAGACAUCCUCAUGGACUACGUCCCAUGGCUGCUUUGAGUUCCCCAGCCGAACGGGUUUGGUCUUGCGUUUAGCUUGCUCCAUGCAUACGUCGAUGCGACCACUGUUGAGCAGUGGCACCAGCGGAUCUAUAGCAGCUCAACCCACAGCGGGAAGGACGGCGAGACGAUUGUUCCUUGCACCCAGCUCGUGCACUGCCUCUAGCACCUGUCCUCGCUUAACUCAAGUACUCAACCCAGAUGUUGAGCUAACGCGGACGACUGCCAGUGCCGGCAACGUCUCAGCCUCCGCAAGCGAUGCAUCGACAUCAGCAGUUCUCGCAGCCCAGGGCUUGGAACGCAGCUUUCAGUCAGGCACAGCCACGUGGCCUCAGGAAGUUCAUUUUGCGCAGGACGGUGAACAUUUCCUUAGACCUCGCGCUUCGGAGGCGGACGAGCCGCAGCCGGUCGCCUCCACCUCCGCUCCAAGCCGCGAUUCGAUACCCACCGCAACGCAGCAGCGAAGACGCCCUUGGGGGGUAACAGGUGCCGCAGCAUCUGAUGCUGCAGAACCAGCACCGUUGUCUGCAUUGACAAACGCAACCAGCAAGGCGCAGGCAGGGGAAUUACAUAACACCCACCUCCGGCUUGAUCCUACCCAACUUAACCGCAUUCGGACUUCAGCCGGCCCCAAAUCAUCGCUAAAUUCCCGGCAGCAACACACCUCCCUCAGUACGGGACCACGGACGUGGCCGGUGCGUACCCAACGACCGCGUCUUCGGCCCGCGCCGCCGCCCCUCUCGUGGCCAGACUACCCCUACACACGUUACCCUGUUUCAUCGGCAUGUAGUCCGUACGACACCGCGGGCUUGAAGCUCGAGGCACUGUUUCAGUGCGUCCUGCACUACCCCCGUGUGCCGCCAAAGCUACUCCGGUUCCUGCGUCGGGAGGUACCUGACGGACCCGCGGGUCGCUUGGCGGCGGUGACGGCCACAGUGGAGCGUCUGACGGAUGCGGUGGGCCGCGAGGUGGCGGUGUACCUCAUCCGCCGGAACUCUUGGGUGGUACUUGUCCCGGCGGACUGUGUGGCGCCGAGGAUGGAGGCGCUGCGGCGGCUGCUGGGGCUGCCGCCGGGGGGCAUUCCGGACAUGCUGCGUAAGAAUCCCAACCUGCUGCGAAUGGAGGAAAGCACGUUGCGGGGUCGGUACGACGCGCUGCAAGACGCGCUGUACGACGCCGUCGGGUUUGAUGAGCACAAGCUCCGGGCGCUGAUCCUCAAGUACCCCUUGAUCCUGAACUUUAGGCAUCAGUCCGUCCACAGCGCUUUAAUGGCCCUGAGGGUCCUCUGCUCCGCACGUCCCGAAUGGACCACCUUCUACCAGGUGCUGUCGCCCAGCCAGGUGGCCUUCUUCAUUCGGGAGCGCGUCAUUACGUUGCUGCGACUGGAGUACCUGCUGCUGACUGGCGGUGGCAAUGGCUGGACGCUGCGGGACAUCAUGAAGAUGUCCAAUAACAUGUUUAGAAAGGCCUGUGGGGGAUUUCGUUCCUGGAUGCAAGAGCGGCUGCGGCGGCUGCGGCACCGAUUGGCUGCUGCUCGUCAGGCGGUCGAGGCGAGGGCCGCCGCCCAGGGCCGCACGCUCAGCAGGGGGGAGCUGGAGAGGGUGGCCAUGCAGGUCCAGGCGCAGUGCGCGCGGGCUGAGCAAGAGCGCUUCCACCGGCAGUUUGUUGCGCGGCGGCAGGCGGAGCGACGGGACAUGGAGAAGCGCAUGGAGCAGCGGCAGCGAGCCAUUGAGGAGAAGAUGGGGCUGCUGAAGCAGGCAGGAGGACAGGCCGACGAGGAGGAGGAUCAAGACCCGGAGGAGGAGGAGGAAGAGGAGGGGAAUCCGCCGCCCCGGCAGUACGGAAAGCAGCGGCAACCGCGAUUGGCUUCUGGCAAUAGCAGCAGCAGCGGCGGAAGCGGUGCUGGAAGAAGUGGUGGGCCCAAGCGUACAGCUGCUCGUUACUUUGGGCCGUCGCAAGGAAUGGGGGCAGCUGCUGCUGCUGCUGGCAAAGUUCCCUCUCCACUGCAGCAACCACAGGUGCCAGAGCAAGCGGGUGGCAGUGGUGGUGUACGGCAAGGUGUACGGCACCAUGCAGCGGCACUGCCGACGCAGCAGCCUCCACCGGUGUCGCUCAGCAGCGCGGACCCGUUGUAUCGGGUGACAUUGGGCCAUGUGUGGCAGCGGCCGGGCUCGAAAGUGGUCCCAGAGCCUCUGCCCAUUGUAGUUAUGGGUCCAUACUACCUAUUUAGCCGAGUUGCACUGCAGUUUGAGGUGUUCACAGUGGACCUCGAUCAGGUCGAGUGCAUCGCUUCAAGGAACGCCUCCCGCGCAGCACUGUGGGGCUUCUUCAAAUAG